UCACGCGAGAGGGCACUGACUAGAGAGAGAGAGAGAAAAAAAAAGCAGCGGAGAGAAACACGGACAACAGUUACCCGUGGACAAAUCCACUGGAUUUAAAGACGUGACCAUGGCUAUUGCCUCCUAACCUGCACACAGCUGCCCGGAGUCGAAAAGGACAUGAGCUCUUCUGUGUGCAUGGUUAAUGCAGACGGACAAGUGCCUGAUAAAAAAGUUAAAGUUGAGAAGGAUGCAGAGGAUGUUAUUAAAAACACGGAGGGAAAGAUGGAGAGCUUCUUUAAGCGCAUUACAAAACGAACAGCAACAGACACAGGCCCUGAGGUGGAACAGCCCACUAGCGGGAAGAAGGUCAAGGUGACAACACAGGCAGCAGAACAUCUCCUUGACAACAGUUCAGAUGAUGGAAGCAGGUCAUGUUCUCACAGUCACAGAGUAUCUCCACUGGAGCAGAUUCCCAUCUCUUCAUACAGGAAACCACUCUACAGCAUCACACAUCGCAUUUCUGAGCGUAAAGUUGCAUCCAAUCUGGACCAGCACGGAGCCCACAAUGGAGUCAGAGAAAGCCAUAAUGGUGUCCACUUCCAAAAACUGGGCAACUCUAGAAAGCAUCACAUGUUAAAGGCCUCGCCUAAUGUGGGGGUCACAGGGUCUUCUGCUGCCUUGGAUUCUCACCUCUACCCGCUCAUCGAGAAGAUGUUCUUCCUCCUCAACACUCUGAAUUCCAGCAUGACCCAGCUGCACAGUAAGGUGGAUUUGCUCUCACUUGAAGUGACGCGCAUCAAAAAGCAGAUGAAACCCUCUGAGAUUGUCAUGGAAUUUCAACCUCCUCCUGAAUACCAGCUGACCAGUGAAGAACUCACCCAGCUGAUGGAGCAAACGUCCACUGCGGGAGAUCUUGGCUGCAGACUCCUUGUUCAACUGUUCCCAGAACUUUUCACAGCUAAGGAAUGCACGCAUGGCUACAACACAUGCAGCCUUACAACCAAACGGACUUUAGAUUCAUUGCACCUUCAGCUAAUACGUAACUAUGUGGAAGUCUGCUACCCAUUGGUGAAAAACGAAAAUAUCUGGCAGACGGAGUGCUUGCUGCAGAUCAAUGAUUUCUUGAAUCGUUUCUGGGCUCAGAAGGACAUGGAGAGUGGUCAGAUGUGUGACAAAGAGCCUCCAAUAGUUGUCGGGUUUGACAUGGAAUCGAAUCAUGCUUGCCAUUUCAUCAAUGAAGAUGCCCAGGAUGAGAAUCUUUCCCUCAACUCUGGAGAGAACAAUUAUGUUCAUCCCAACAAUGUCAGUUCAGAUGUAGUAUAUGACCAACACGAGGCCACUGGUGACGACUCUGAAGACUUAACGUCGCCGGAGGAGCUUGUUGUGUUUUUGCUGAACAGACUCUUUCCAGAGGUGUUUGAGGAGGGCAAGUUGCCGGAGGGUCACAACAGCAUUGGACAGCUGAUCAUUGACUCAGACAGACUCGAAAUUAUACGAAAAUACAUGGAGGCCAAUUUCCCUGAUAUCCCGGAAGAAAUCUGGCUGCAGUUGUGCGUACAACGAAUGGAGGAAGCACUGGAGAAUGCUUCAGUCAAUGGCAGCAGUCGUGACAACCCAGAGAUGUAUGACACCACCCGUCUUCCAGGUAGCAUCUCCAUUGUUAAGAUCAGUGACCUGUGCGAUUACGAAAAACCAAAUCGCAGGUCGAAGAAAUCAUGGCUGGAGCCUGUGGAUUUUGACAAAGUGGAGAUUCCUCCUCCAGACUUUGAUGUUCCUCAGGAGUAUUUACUUACUAAGGAACAGCUAAAGAAUAACUAUGAAAGCAGUUUAUCAAUUGGGAACUUUGCAUCUCGACUCCUGGUUCUCAUGUUCCCUGAGCUCUUUACUUACGAGAACGCACAAAAAUACUAUAACUGCAGUGGCUCUCUAGGAAAGAAACAGCUGGAUCCCCUACGAAUCAAUCUCAUCCGACAUUAUGUCCAGCUUCUUUACCCACAAGCUAAGAACGACCGUGUGUGGACCCUUGAGUUUGUUGGCAAACUUGAUGAACGCUGUAGGCGACGGGAUAACGACCAACGGCGUUCUUACCAGCAACAACGGAAGGUCUGUUCACCUGACCAAGAGCCUGACCCAAAAGACUCGCUGCUAGCUGCUGGCCAAAUCAAUGUUCUCACUUCAGAUCGUCUGAAAGAGGACUUUGAAGUCCUGUCUUCACCCCUGGAGAAAAGCAGCAAGGACUUCUGCAAAAUUCCUCUUGAGGACCUUUCGGUGUGCACCCCAGACUUCCCAGUGCCUUCUGAGUUUCUGCUCACGGAUGCUGAAGUAAGGGAAAUUGUCCAACAGAGUCUGUCUGUGGGAAAUUUUGCUGCUCGCCUUCUCGUCCGUCUCUUCCCGGAACUUUUCACGCAGGAAAAUUUACGGCUGCAGUACAACCACUCUGGGGCCUGCAACAAGAAACAGCUGGACCCUGUGCGUCUCCGACUUAUUCGUCAUUACGUGGAAGCUGUCUACCCAGUUGACAAAAUGGAGGAAGUGUGGCACUAUGAAUGCGUGCCAAGCAUUGACGAGCGCUGCAGGCGCCCCAAUCGCAAGAAAUGUGACAUUCUAAAGAAGGCAAAGAGAUCAAACAACACUGUGACUUAUUCUUAGACAACGUUCCUGCAAAGUGCAGACCUGUUUUCCUAUAUUUUACACAACAUAGCUGUUAUUUGCACAAGUCCAUAAGCUGAAGCAUACUGAAACUUGUUCUUGUUCAAGGUCUAGUUUGGCUGGUCGAGUUCACGUCCAUGGCCUUUAAAUGGUUUAGUAGGUGACAGAAAGUUGGUGUUUGAAGCCACUAUCACAUGACAGUGAAAUAUUAGUGUUACUAUUUAUAUGCCAAAAUAUGAUUGAUGUUAUUCUAAUGUCUAAUCAAUAGAUAAGCUAAAGUUAGCCUUAAUCAACUUAAAUUUAAACAUUUAGUUCUUUAAAAAUAAUAGGUCACUUUAGUUUGGGGUGAGGGCAGAGAAGAUAUAUAAAUGUUUUUUUUUUUUUUUUUAGCAAUUUUGCAGCACUGGCUUUUUCUAAUUAUCCACAUAUUGAAGUACGUCCUGCCUUACAGGAAGUAAAUCUUAUUCAUCUGUACUUAACUAUAGCACCAGGUUAUAUGUUAUAUAUUUUUAAAUAAAAAUUCAAUUCCUAGCCAAGAUGGGUUUCAUGUUCCUUUUUAUUUUACUUCAGAUACACAAGUGAGGGUCAUUAGGAGCCUUUUAUCGUCAGAGAAAAGAUAAAAAAAUACCCAAGGGAAGACAGAUAAUUUUUUUCUUUGAUGUUUAUCGAGAUUAAAUUUGUAGUCUUGGUAUAUUCCACCCUUGACCAUUAUAAUGAAGAAAAAAAGAAAGAAAUACAGUUUAAAAAGGGAUCUGAAAACAAUUGAUAUCCCAAAUUCUGAUUCAUCUCACAAUGUUAUUUUGUGAAUCUAGUAAACAUAUAACCAUACAACCAAAAAUGCCUCUAAACAAUAGGAUGUGUUUGUGUUCCAUUUGUGACCUGUAAAGUUAAUAAAAAUAAUCUUCAAGUAGUAUGAAACAGUUAUGAGAACUACUGUUAAGGGAAUAAAUGUGAGAAGGACCUUCAGUUUUUGUUGGGCAUUGAAAACAACUAAUUAAAUCCUCAAUCUUCAGUUUCAGAAUCAAAUGGUUGGAAUAGGAAACAUCAGUUUUGUCCCACUUUCUGAUCUUUCACCUCUUAAAAACAUCACAGAACUGGUUUUUACUGCUUGUACACAUCCUUUCUGGGAAGUUGUAGGUGUUUCCAGCUUCUUAGAAUGACUCUCUGCUUUUCUGCGUCUUUUGUCUCUCCAACCACCUUUUUUAAAAUCACUCUCUUCAGCAAGACUGUGUCCAUUUCCUUGUCCUCAUUUAGGAUCAGAUCCAGUGUAUCCCCCACUUUAACCUGUAGGAGGGAGCAGACCAUGGACUGUUAAAUUAAGGUGCGAUUUCUGCUCAUACUAAUCGGUACGCAUGAUGAAUUAAGUGAUUGGAAGACCACAAGCAGAGUAGGUUUUUUUUUUAUUGCAUCCAUAAUUUGUUAAGCUAGUGUUAGAUAUUUUUGAGGAAUGUUCUUUCUGAUUAUACCACUAGAGGGUGCUGACUCACCAUUUUGCUCUUCUUGGUGAGUUUCUGACCAUUCAGUCUCAAUUUGAGGUUAUAGAAAGCUUCCUCCACACCACUAUAAAACAGAUACAUGUGUUAGUCACUGCCACUGGCCAAAACACCACAAACUAAAUGUACAGCCUUAGAUAAAGGAGAGCAAUAUAAGCAAAGAUUAUAUAUGAAAGCCAUCAGUCCAUUCUCUAAUCGGGUUCUAAGAGGUAAAACAUGGAGUAUCAUCUGCAAUUGGAACUGAAAACACUUAUUUGCAACAGAAUUAAUCUCUGAACAUCAUGAACAGUUUCUUUGACUUACUUUCGUGCAAUGUCCAAUCCGGUCUUCAAAACCAGAUCGAAACGUAGAGAUUGGACAGUUUUCUCAUGGUCUUUAUAGUCUUUUGGCAGGCCUGGGUCAUCUGGAAGCUCAUCCUCAUAAUCACUAGCCUCUGCAUCUUCCUCCUCCUCCUCUUCCUCCUGCUGCAUUGCUUUUUGCUUCCCUUUUUUUCUCGUGCUCUUGAGCCGGACGUGAUGGAGCGACCAGCUCUGCCGAGUGUCCCAUGAUCUUGGCCACAUAGCUGUACGGUGUGUCUGGGGAGUGGCUGAACCCCACAACUGACGCGCGUGUAAUGUUCGCGGACACCACAUGCUGAGACCAGAGGCAUGGCAUGGUGUGAGCAGCUGGAGGGAGUUCAGUCUGCCUAGCUGCCGCAGGGCCAGCGCCUGCACUGGCAGAUUCUGCAUACUGUGACACUGAACACAAGA